UACUUUAAUUGAAACUCUUUCUGCGUUUUAGUUUUGUUUUUCCUAAUGUGAUUAAUAGAAAUUAAUUAGGUGUCUUGGCGAUAAUUCUUUUAGAAAAUUGCAGUGAAGAAACAAUUGAUGUUACUACUAAGUACUACAGGUUUGAUUAAUAUAUACUAGAAUUUUGUUCUUGUUUUUAAUGCCGCUAAUGCUUGCAUUGAGGUAGGUUGACUACAUCACAUCCCUUGAGGUGCGACCCUUCUCUGUACCCUGCGUGAACGCGGGAUGCCUGAUGCACCGUGCUGCUGCUGCUUCUUGUGAUUUUCAUUGAGGAGUUCUUGAAAUCUUUUGAAUAACUUACUGUAGUCUAUAAUAGUUUGAACUAUCUAUAAAGAAAUCUCUAUUGUGCUUUAUGAAAGUGUAAAUUGUUUAAUUAUGCAUAAUGUUUAAUUUGUAGGAGUUUGGUAUAGAUAGAUAUUAGUAAUUUCCAUUCAUCACCGAGUAUUUUAGUUGAUAAGAACAGAAAACUAAUCCAAUAUUUAGCUUAUGUUCUUGCACUGAAUUCUUUCUGCAAUUGUCAUUUGAGUUCAUCAUUGAUUCUGAGAGUUAAUUGAUAAAGAUCUUGCACAAAGUUAUCUUACUAUGAGCUGGAAUUUAUACUUUUUACUUUUGGAGGUCUUAGAAGAGAUUUUUCUAAGAGUAUAUUGUAUGGCUUAGAUGUGCAGAGCAACUCUUUCGAGGGUCGUUCUGUUUUGUGAACAUGGAAAUGGAGAAAACAUGUGAAUUCUGCAUGUUAUUGAAGCCAGUGGUGUAUUGUGAGUCUGAUGCAGCACACCUUUGCCUUUCUUGUGAUGCUAAAGUUCAUUCAGCCAAUGCCCUUUCUAAUCGGCAUCCGCGCACCCUUGUCUGCGAGCCUUGUGGAUACAACCUGGCUUAUAUUCGAUGUUCGGAUCAUCAAAUGUUCAUGUGUCGUGACUGUGACCGCCGCCAUCAUGACCUAUCUUCUCAACACCUAAGAAAAGUGAUCACUAGUUAUAUGGGGUGUCCUUCUGCUAAGGAUUUGGCAGCAUUGUGGGGUUUCGGCUUGAAUGAGUUGGAAAAUACUACUCCACCAGAUAAGUUCAUCUCAACAUCAAAUGGAACAGUAAAUGGAGCCAAGGUCAAUCCAAAAAUUGUCAAACGGUCUCACUCCUCAACUGGGGCCUCUUCCUUGGCUACUGAACUCGACUUCAGAGGUCCUGUUGUCUCUGCAGAAUGUGAAGUGGGAUCAAGUAACAACCACACUAAGGUGUUAUGCUUGCAUAAACGGCGGGAGAGCACUUCUUUCAUUCUACAACAGAUUCUUGACUUGGAAAGACUUCAGCUGACAGAGGGCAGUUACAAUUUAACAAGUGGAGAAAGUCAAAAUAAUGUUUCUUCAUUCAAGAAUGGUACUUCAUGGAAUAUGCAUAGCAAAUCUGAUCGCUUGCAGAGUUCACUUGAUCUUGGCCCUGAACUUCAGGAUUGGGUCAGUACUCAUGAAAGUUCAGUUGCUGAAUCUUUUCCUUUACCGUUGCCAGAUGGAGAUUCGUUUUGGGAAUGUAAAAGUCCAGUUCAGAGUAGUCAGCUUUGGCCUCAAAAUCUGCAAGAUCUAGGACCUUAUGCUGAAGAAGGAUGUUUUGACAAUUCCAACAUGCCUGAUGUUGAUUUGACCUUCCAAAAUUUUGAAGAACUCUUUGGCGAGGAGCAAGAUCUGAACAACACAUUGUUUAAUGAGGAGGAUAUGACAUGCUCAUCUAUGGAGAAUUUUUCUUCGACGGAUAGAUCAGAUCAUAGCUAUGUCAAGAGGGUUGAGGACAUAUCAACAGCUUCAUCAAUCUGCAAAAGACGGCCAACUCACUCCGGCCAAAGCCAUGUUACCUCUAAUGAACACAUUCCCACAGUCAAGGAUUGUCCUCCUCCAAUUCGAACAACUUUUUCAUCUUUGUACUUCUCAGCAUCAAGGCUGAGCAGUGAAAGCAGUGGUAAUGAGUACGUGGAUUCACCCGCUUCCAACGAGCAGGAUCUUUCAUGUAAUUCACAGUUGGACAGUAAAGAGAAUCAAUUAGCAAUGCACAAAGAAAAAAAGAAGGCUCGGCUUUUUGUAUUCAGGUUUGAGAAACAAGCUCGGAAUACACCUCGAAGAUCCAGGACUAAUUUAAAAAAGCAUCCAAUAAAAGGGAGGAUCGUAAAGGUGGACAGAUAUGAAUCUGAUGCAGUUAGUAUGUCUUGAAGCUUUUAAAGUUGCCCUGGUUGAAUGUGUGUGAUUUGUGUACAUAUCAUCAAGCAUCGCUCAGUAACUCAAGACAUUGUUCUGAACAUCUGUUGUAUGUCCGCUCCUGCUAAUUGUUUCUUCGUUUCCUACUGUAGAGCGUCAUUUUUGUGUUUUAACAGAAAUGAGCUACAUUUAUGCUGGCUUUUAUGUUUGCUGUUAUCAUUUCCCUUUUUCUGUAUCUUAUGCUUUUCAGAAGCAACACAAUGGAUAUAAAGUGAUUAAACAGGAUUUGUUUUCUGAA